CGGAUCGCCUCGUCUCCCGUUCUACCUUUCUCUGCGUCUUGUCUUACCUUGUAUCGAUCAGGAGUUUGGGAGGAUGAGCAGGCGGCAAGGAGACUGGGACUGCAGGUCAUGCCAGCACCACAACUUCAGCUGGCGUGACUCGUGCCAGCAAUGUGGUAACCUGCGGCCGUCCACCGGCGACCUCUCCGACUAUGCUGGCCUCGGAAGGUCCUCGGUCGGCUUCAGCGUCCCCAGUUUUCGGCCCGGCGACUGGAACUGCUCCUGCGGUGGUCAUAACUUCGCGAGCCGGACGAGCUGCCACUCGUGUGGCACUUCCAAGGAUGACUCCGCCGUCAGCUUCAGCCGUGGGCUCGACAACGAUGACAUGCCGGGCUCAGGAGGCAUCGGCUUUGGUGGUGGCGGGUGGAAGUCCGGGGAUUGGUUGUGCACCAGGUCGGGCUGCAACCAGCAUAACUUCGCUAGCAGGAAGGAGUGCUAUCGAUGCAAGGCACCAAAGGGAUGCGGCACUUAAAUCAACCAAAAAGACCAGAGAGAGAG